UCGGCACGAGGUAUUUUUAUCCAAGUAGUGGAUUCCGUAUGUGCAAUGUAUGUUAAGCAUGGCCUAAUUCAUCGAGACAUCAAGGACGAAAAUUUGAUUGUGAAUAUGAUGAACGGCGAAGUGAAACUCGUAGAUUUUGGAGCGACAGCUUCCGCGGAGAAAGCGAUGAAGAAGGAGUUCCAAGGUGAGCUUGAAAGAUUAGGGGAUGAAGUAUUCGAAUUUUCUUACUACCUGGAGAUGAAAUCUACAGCAUGA